GAUGCAACGCCGAGUUCAGACUUGUGCGCGAUGACGUCACCACAACAUUAUCCCGUCGCUCGCAUGGCGGACUCCUUAGCCGGCGUCUUAGGCAAGGCCAGCAUUGAAUUCCAAGCUGGCCAUGGCGAGGAGAUACAACGCUUCGAUGAUUCGGACUGCCCGAUGACGGAGGCCCCGGCAGGCCCAGUCGAGGAUGGCGUCCUGAGUCCACGCGGACUCCGACACUCUGUGUCCAACCAGCUGCUGUUGGUCACGCUGCUGGAGCACCUAUGCUCAUUGUACGAGCGAGAUCCCAUAAACAAGCAGGCGCUCUUCCACGCCAUUGGUGCACACCUAAUCAAACUGAAGCUGGUCUCUCCAUCAUCCUUCUGCGAUGAAUUUGCCACGGUGCGGAAUCAGUACAGCAAGGCUUUGUGUGACCUGCUGCGCUCUGGAUCCAGCCACCUGCACACUGAGCUGGCUCUCUUUCCUGAAGACUGUCCACGCCCAUUGGCGCUACCCUCCAGGCAGAAAGAGCAAGCUUUCCACAUGCACACAUCGCGUUACUUGAGCGAGUUUGAAGAGGUUUGCCGGCUUGGUCGCGGGGGCUAUGGUCAGGUCUUCAAGGUGCGCAACAAGUUGGAUAGACAGCUGUACGCUGUCAAAAAGGUGCUCAUCAAGGGAUCCGGCGAAAGUAUUUGCAAAAAGGUGCUGCGGGAGGUAAAGUUGCUGGCCGGGCUGCAGCACCUGAGCAUUGUGGGCUACCACGGCGCAUGGUUGGAGUUGCUCCAACCUCCUACUCUAGCAGGCUGUCUCACUGCAUCGUCGUCCGCUCAUGUUCUGGCUGUCAGUGGUCCAUUGGACCCGGCCAGUGAGAGUGAAGCAAAGAUAAUGAAUGCCAGCUCCGAUAGCAUUAUCUUCCAGAGUGCCUCUCAAUCCUCAGAGAAACAGACCACGGAUACACCACCAGCAAUUGCACCUGGUCCAACUCUGCAACAUCCACCUGAGCGUGUGAAGCAAGUAGAGAAUAAAGAGACCUUGAACCAUAAGGACCUAAAUCAAAACUGUGUUGAGCUGCUGGCGUCUCGCAGCCUGCCAAGUGCAGAGGCAGGUUGCCAGAGAAAUGUUGGCUGGUGUCCACCUGGUAGAUUUUCUUCAUGUCACGUGCCUUCUCUGGUCCAGGCCCAUGGUGGCUUAAACAGUGAGAGCCGCGACAACAGCGGCCACAAUAAGAAUAGUAUAAACGAGGAUUCUGGGAGAAAAAGCGAGCAUUCUGGGAGCAAUGGCAAACCCACAAACCUCAGAAAGGAAUUGUAUGAGAGCAACAGCAAGCAUGUUGGGAGUAAUUAUGAACAUUCUGAGAGUAAUAGUGAACAUUCUGAAAACAGCAACACCAGUUGGACUCCAGGGUCUGACAGCAACGAUGGGAGUUCGUGGCGAGAGAUGGCUUUUAUGAAGCGGGACCUUCACCUCGUCCUCUACAUCCAGAUGCAGCUGUGUGAAAGGUCACUCAAAGAGUGGCUCAUGGAUCGGAAUGCCCUUUGUGAGCAUUUCCAGAACACAGCAGAGGGCGCCACUGCCCUUUCUGGGCGAUACGCACUGGUGGAUGGGAAGCAGACCACUCGAAUGUUUCAGCAACUUCUGGAGGGAGUUCAUUACAUCCACUCGAGGGGUAUCAUGCACCGUGACCUCAAGCCAAGGAAUAUUUUUCUCCAUGGACCGGACCACCACGUGCGCAUUGGAGACUUUGGGCUGGCUUGCCAGGACAUUGUAUAUGAAGACCCCAGGCUCAUACGUGCCGGUGCUGGAGUUGUCGGUAGCGCUCACACGUCAGGGGUGGGCACUACCCUGUACGCGGCUCCCGAGCAGCUCUCGGGCUCCCACUACGACUUUAAGUCGGACAUGUACAGUGUAGGGAUCGUGCUGUUUGAGCUGUUCCAACCGUUUGGAACAGAGAUGGAGCGUGUGAAGACCAUCCAGGAACUUAGGGGUGGAGUUGUCUCCAGCCCUUUCACAGCACAGUGGCCCGUACAGGCCAAGUACAUUGGCCUCCUGACUCAGGAUGACCCUGCCGCGCGUCCCAACCCGCAAGACAUCCUCACCACAGACCUCAUUGGUAACAAGGACCAGGUUAUCGUCAGCCUGCAGAGGCAACUGUCGCAGAAGGACGAGGAGUUGGCCCGCCUGAAAGCCCUGCUUCAGAAUAGAGAAGAAACCAUCCGAUGGCAAGAGAGGUCCAUUGUCAUGCUCAAGCAUGGUUUAAUAUUUGCAAAGAACCUCAAAUCUAACAACAAACACACAACUACAGCAGAUAGAAACCCACCAACAACGAGUUCAGAAGCAAUGUUCAAUUUGGGAUUUGUAUAAAUAGCUUUUAUUGCCGCAGCACGUGCACAAGUAUAAGUGUUUAUGAACCGGUACACAUUAUAUUCGAGCUACAGACCAUUUCAUUUUAAAGGGAUAUUAAACACUUGGCAGUUGAAACGAUGAGCAGUCUCUUAAAUGCCCCCAUAUCUAUCCACCCAACAGUAUAAGUGUCGAUCAGCAGCUGGCUUGUGGGUAAAAGUAUGAGUAGUCACCGAAGAUGUCGGGCCAGCAUGGACGAGGAGGCCAAAUAACCUAGAGGGGCUGUAUAGUGCCUCCCCUAGUUGCUGCGUUAAUGCCAGCAGUGGCAUGAGCUAUAAAUUCCGGGGUCGCACCUUUAUCUUUCAUUAAGAACAUUAACCUUCGUAGCAUUGCUGCUACUCUGCUACAAUCUCACGCUCUUUUUUUUUAACCUCACAAUUUGCAAUCUUGGACAUGUGAACAUGAUAAAGCACCAUAAACCCCCAACCUUAUCACAAUGUGAAUGUAUUCAACUAUUAAAAUGAAUGUGUAUACUCCUGAUACGUGCAUAGACUCAUUCAUGUGACAAUCGAUUCUGAUUUAUGCAAGUUUGAUACAAAUGUUUUGCUUUUGUUACAUUUAUAAACUCCUAUUGUUACAGAUAUAAAUUAUAAACACAAGCACGCAUGAUUCGAUGCUUGUAUUGUGAGCAUCAGGAUGUAUUAUAAUUGCCGAAUCCAUCAUUAUAUGCCCAUUGUUGUGCAUAUCGGGUUUUAAACUGGAAAAAAACAACAUUGCGAUAUUCUCGAUAAUUGUUUUGCGUCAUUUAAUGCACAUAGUAAUAUAUAUUUUAUGAAAGUUAUUUAAAAAAAAUAUUGUUAUUGACGGAUGUUUGGUUUGUACGAUGUAUGUUUAUUUUGUGACACGUGAUGAGGCUAUGCAGUGAGGGGGUGUUAAAGCAUUUUUGGGGGGGGGCGGGGGGGGGGGGGGCAGUGCUGUUUGUUAUUCAUCACUCUUACCUCGUGUGGCCAACUGAGCUGGUCGGAAUUGUAAACGAUAACAGAACAAGGAACGGAGAAUACAGGAUCCUCACAGCUGAUCAUUUAUGGCUUUACUGUAUUCAGAAAAUGUCCAAAUGUACAAAAUGUGAAACAUCUGCGUACACGCAAACAUUCUAGGUGUUUGCUUUUGAUAUCAAUAUGUUUAUUUAAAAGUAAUUAUUCGCAGCUUUUUGUUCCUUUGCUGGAUGAAGGCCUCACCACAUCUUUAAGUUACGUCGGUGCUUUCACCAUACUUCACGCAAGUAUCGGUUGAAAUGGGGGCCUAAGGCUCAUUCAGGUAUCCCAUGAUUCGAUCAGAUCACCAGGUUCGUACUUAUGUGCACCAACCUCUGCGCUAGCACUGUGUUUACUGUAAAAUAAACACGCAUUUUUUUUGUGCA